UCAAGAAGAUCAAAAAAACUUUUUUCGAUUAAUUACGAUUCUCGUGAUUUUCAUAUAUUAGACAACCUUUUGUCGGAAACAAGUUGUUCUGCAAAAAGUUGAUUGUCAACAUUGGUUUUAUUCAGUUUUAUUCGCAUUUCCCAAUUACCGGUCUACCUACAGUUUUCCAUCGUCGUUUGCUUCGUAUCGCGAUGGCGACAUUGCUUAGUUUCUCAAGAUUUCUGAAUUACGCGGCGAGUAAUUAUGUGAGAAGAGUAGCACCGGCCGUAAUUUGCAAACAAUAUUAUCCUGCAUUAAGAUUGUGGGAAACACCAAUAGCAGAAUAUCGGACGAUUAAACCACCAUGGAUGAGGUCAAUCCCGGAUUAUCAAACGGAAGUACAGAAAUGGGAUGAAGAGAGAGAGAAAAUAUGCACUGAUGUAACAAACGAAAUUAACAAUCAGAUCGCAACAGACAGUAUCGGCCGUAUGUUUGCGGUUGUCCAAGUAUGUGGAAAACAAUUUAAGAUAACAGAACAUGACAUUAUAAUUAUUGAGGGAUUCUGGCCGCCAAACAUAGGCGAUCAACUAAAACUGGAAAAAGUGUUGCUGGUUGGCAGUAAAGAUUUUACUCUCAUAGGCAGACCAAUUUUGAAUAGAGAAUUGGUUUCAGUUGAUGCAACGGUUAUAGAAAAGACUUUAUCCCAUACAAAAACUCGUUUUAGGUUCCGGCCGAGGAAACAAUAUCGUCGUAUAAACUUCUACAGAAUACAAUACACAAUGCUACGGAUUAACUCCAUAAAUAUAAACGGAAACAUCAACGAGAAGAAAGAAGUGGAGGGAUUAGACAGAGUGUAUUGACAGUAUGACAUGUAUGUAUAUAUAAGUACGUUCUGUUUUACUUAUGUUGCGUAAGGUGUCGUUUUAUGUUUGUUUAACAUUCUGCGGAUAAGAAUAAAAAAUGAUUAUCAUGUGCAUUUUGCAUAAAACGGAACGCAUCCUAUAUAUAAAAUUUCUGACGUUUACGUGCGUGCGUGCGUGCGUGCGUGCGUGCGUGCGUGUGUAAAUAAAUAUUUACAAUAUACGUAAAUAUAGUGUAUUAUCCUCUGUAUAUAUUCAGAGAACAGAAGAUAAAAGUUAUUUAUUUUAAAUUGAAUGACAGAUUGUGUCAUGAAAACAAUUUGAUAAGAAAUCCUGCAAAUUUUUAGAAAUGUACAAAUUAAACUUCCUGAACAUAGUGACUCAGAAAUUUUUCAUAAU